AUGAUAUUAAACCCUAAUAAAGCGGUGCCUGUAGUGGUAGACGACGGGUUCGUUCUAUGGGAGAGUCGGGCUAUAAUGCAAUACCUGUGCAACCGAUACGCGCCGGACAGCACUCUAUACCCGACGGACCCAAAACAGCGCGCUCUAGUGGACAGAGCGCUUAAUUUUGACUAUGGUAUUGCUGUGCAUAUUGGUUAUUUUAUAGGAACCAAACUAAUAAUGAAUAUGGAACCAGCGGCAGAUAAAUUGGCCGGGUUACAUGCAAGUUUAAAAAUUCUGGAUCAACUGAUUGGCGCCAACCGUUACCUUGUUGGCAACCAAUUGACAAUAGCCGAUCUGUCUCAAUUAUCCUUGAACGCUUACCUGGAUAUAAUCGGCAUUGAUGUCACCCCAUAUGCCAAUUAUCAACGUUGGUUGGCCGGGCUUAGGGUAGAGUUAACCUAUUUUAACGAGAUCAACGUAAUCGCCCCAAACGAUUGGCACAGUUUAUUGGACAAAUUAGUGAACAUAAGGACCGAUACACCAAACCAUAGGCCGAGUAGUGAUCCCAUGAAUACCACGUACUCUUCAAAUGACAUUUUCAAUAUCUAUCCCUACAAUAUAUUCUAUGACGUCAAUUAA